AUGGCAACUCCUCGCCGCAAUGGUCAGCUAUCAUCCUGUGAACCUUGUCGCACUUCAAAGUUGCGGUGCGACCACACCAGUCCCGUGUGCGGGCGCUGUGAGCGUCGCGACCUUCCUUGUACCUAUCACCCCGCACCACUGACUCAAGUAAUCGCCGGAAUACGCCCCAAAAAGAAAAUUCGCGUUGCGCGCGACUCCACUGGCCCUGGAAUCAUCCACGGUUUGCGAAAUGAUAACAGUGCUUGGACUCGAAAAAAGGCAUCCGCCUCAGCUCCUGGGUUUCUUGGCCAAACUAGUUACUCUGAUGUAUUCACAGACAUCAGCAGUGGUCUUCCCGCUGGGACAAUACAUACAGUGGGCCAUGAUGCCGUUCCUGUCGAUUCAAAACAGAUCAACCUCGGGGCUCAGGUCUUGGUGCUUCUAGAGAAUCUCACAUUUUACAGAGAGGUAGUCACUACCCGAUUCAAGAAAUACAAGGGAUGGACCCUUGGCUGGCCAAUGACAAAUUUGAUAUUCACGGUUGUGGAAGAAAUGUGGGAUUCGUUAAAACAAGAAGAGAUGGAUACAAGCGCACGUGCUCUUCUCAUGUCAAGGAGACUUUUUGAGACAUUUACCAAGGAUUUUGAAGUACAUCUUUCCACAACCUGGGAAGAAUUUAAAAUAGCGUCGUCUGGAAGAUGGGAGACGGUCGGACUCCUAUUCAUUAUUACGGGUUUAGCCACAGACUUGGUUCCCCACGAUGACCCGAUCUUCAAUACAAUGGACGCGAAAAGCAUUGCCAUUACCGCGAGCGCUGUGGGUGACAUAUGUAUCCAAUUCUGUGAUAACACAGGGAUAGUGAACGAUCUUGUGAGUUGGCUGUUGUUGCAUCAGACCUCACUCCUAGCAGUAGUCUAUGGUGAAAGUGAUUUUCGACCGUGGAGAAAGCUAGGAGACUUAUCAACGACUGUAUUUGCGCUGGGUCUUCAUCAAGAUUCAAGUGCAAAGGUUCCAUUCUUUCUUGUUGAGCUUCGAAAAAGAACUAUGGUUGCUGCUUUUACCGUGGAUAAAGUGCUCGCUACCUUCUUGGGUCGGCCGCCGCUUAUUAGCUGGCGAUAUUGUAACAUCCCAAUGCCUCUUGAUCUGAGCAUGGAGGAAAUUGUCGCUGAUUCAAUCAUCCGCGAUGCUGCAAUUGCCCGUUUAGAUGAAAACAGCGGAUGGAAUCGGGAGGGAAGCCUGACGAAGGGCGCGAGGGCUCGAAUCGCUCUUAUCACCAGUGUCUUCCGUGAGAAGGUUUUGGAGAUGUCGCUUAGUUGGCAGACUGAGAAUUUAAGCCAAAAAGUAGAGGAGCUGUCACAGGAAUCCCGCCGCUUGCGACAAGAUCUGCCUGACUUUCUUCAUUGGAGGAUGAUGGGCGAGGGCACAGCUGUCUCUGGAGUAGAAGAAAUGUUUCUUUUUGAGAUACAUUUAGAUUUCCUCUAUAACGACUUCCUCCUUUACCGGACUCUGGGACAGCGCACUCAAACCCAACCGGAGGAAAUUAUUGGCAUUUCUCGCGAAAUUUUGCAGUCACUAAUAAUGAUAGUUUCGAAAAGAACCCGCUGCGCGGAAGCCAUCACUGGCACAGGGUGGGCUGUAAGUGUCAUAACUUUCAUUUCGACUGCAGAUUGGCAUUCUGACUUGUCAAACCACCACCAGCUGUGCCUACCAGGUCUACCUGCCGCCGGUGUUCUUUCCGCAGAAUUACUACGUCGAUAUCGACUCAUAGUGCAAGGAAAUGAUCCCAACUUUCCCCGCUCAGAGGUGAUUCAGAAUUUAACCUUGUUCGCGUCAUAUCUGGAUACGAUAAUCAAACCUGACGAAGGCAACUAUCGUGUGGCACUGCAGGGACAGAAGGCAAUUCGCCAUGUUCUAGACCAAGUGCUUUCAGGCGAACAGGUUUCUCCCACCAUAAAUGACAACAAUGGAGGAAUUGAAAGGUCAAUGAAUGACGAUCACUUGCUAGAUGGAGUGAACAUUGAUGAUCAUGACUUGUUUCUUACAUGGUUUGAUGGAAAUAUGCAACAAAUGUCGGAGUCAUGGUUAUCAUGGGUUAAUCUGACGUGA